ACUCGGUGCCGUCACAACACUCUCUGGUAGAUUGUUCCAAGAGUUUACAACCCUCACUCCCGAAAAAGGCAGACAUCCAAAACAUAAAAUUGGUUAAGACAAUAAAAAACACGUUAAUGAAAUUCAAAACAAACAUAUUUAAGAUAAUGAUAAACACUGCGCAUACAUACUUUAUUAACAAAUCCAAGAUCCAUUUAUGCAAUAAAAGUAAAUAGCACAAAAUAGUAAUUAACACAAUAACUAGACAUGUAAUCAUAACAAACAAAAACAAACAAAUAUUUUCAAACAUCUUAACAUUUUUUAAUAAACACGUAACCAUAAACAAGUCUCACGCGCAGGACAAUAAAUGAAACAUAAAACCAGUUCAACUAAAGUAUGCACAUCUUUCAAAUACAUUAAACUCUACUGUACCCUAGUACGUAUAAUUUAUGAAUAGGCUAUGAUUAGCCAUUCAAUACCACUUACCCUUGACCUUUUAUAAUUAACCCACAAGCUUAAUUUAUUUUUAUUUUUACUUCAUUUCUCCACUUCCCUAAUUUGUCAGUUUCUGUUUCUUUUCAUAUGAUGAUAAACCUUCAUUUACACAUAAAACAUUAUGACACUGGGUGUAUUUUAACGACUACAGAGAUGAAAUUGUGAAUCUACUCUGGAUAACACCAAUUUGAAGAUUGUUUGACAAACAAUUUGCUCAUUAAUGUAUUUUCAAUGCUGCUUUGAAAUUUCAUUAAAGUUAUAUAUGGAAUCUAAUGUUACCAGGACCAAAUCACUGUACAGACAUGGCUUAAUGGUGGCACUUUGACAGUUUACUGAAACAUUAAAGACAGAUUUACUGGGGAGCUUAUAACAGUCGAAAUGAAUUGGGAAACUUAACCUACCCAGAUUAAAACCAGUAGGUAAGGUUAAGUUAAGUUAUUUGGUUUGUGUUACAAAUGAAUUAUUUGAAAUGAUUAUGUUUGGGGUGUCUUAUCCUGUAGUCUGCCACUUACACCACCAGUUAUAUCUAGUGACAUAUUGCCCUGCCAACACCCUUCUUACAAGAACAAACUCUCACACUACCUUAGUGUGGUAGUAAAUUCUAUUAAAAGAAAUGAUUGAUCUCUUUUCUUGUGUCUGUAUCCAGGUUGGCAAGAGCUCUACCAACUGCAAACUAAAAUAACCAACCAUGGAGAAAGGUGUGCCCUUUAAUGCCAUGGGUGUAAGAAAUGCUCUAAAAAAGAGAAGAAAUGCUCGAAAACUUUUAUGUGCUAUGAGGCGCCGCCAUAGACAAAGACGACGAAGACCACAGGUUUUGAAGACCCCUUUCUCAGUCGUCUUGAUGGGUCAAGAGAUCAUCAGUGAUAUCCUCUCUGAUGGAUUCGCCAGGUCCUGGGUGGAGAUCAAGAUGGGUUAUAUAGUUAAACAUUCACUCAAGAAAUGGGGCACUGUCGCUUAUGCUGUAAAGAAGGCACUGAGGUUUUAUGCGUAUAAGGGGUACGUCAUCCGUUUCUUGUCGGGCACAACAAUCUUUUACAAGGCGAUUAGGGACUUGGAAACAAUGAAGGCAAUUGACAGAGCUUGGGGAAUCCCGGAUUCUACUCCCCCGAACGAAAGUCCCAUGAAAGAAGAUAUGACAGGCUGGUCCUUCAAAGGACGAAACACAUCAGAGGACUUUGAAGAGAGGGCAAAGGCUGGUCCUUCAAAGGACGAAAUCACAUCAGAGGACUUUGAAGAGAGGGCAAAGGCUGUUCCUUCAAAGGCAGAAAACACAUCAGAGGACUUUGAAGAGAGGGACGAAAUCACAUCAGAGGACCUUGAAGAGAGGGCAAAGGCUGGUCCUUCAAAGGACGAAAACACAUCAGAGGACUUUGAAGAGAGGGCAAAGGCUGGUCCUUCAAAGGACGAAAUCACAUCAGAGGACUUUGAAGAGAGGGCAAAGGCUGGUCCUUCAAAGGCCGAAAACACAUCAGAGGACCUUGAAGAGAGGGCAAAGGCUGGUCCUUCAAAGGCAGAAAACUAA